AUGGCAUCGGUGACGGAGCAAGUUGGCGAGGUGCUGCUGGGGACUACCGAGGAGCCCCAGCUGUCGCAGCUUACUCGCGCAGCAUUCAUGAAGCACGCCCAGAAGGACGAGGCAACGGGCGAAUACUUCCUGACCGAGGAUCAGUUCAUUGAUGCGGUCGCGCCGGAGAGCGAAGACUACCAUAAAAUCAAGCGCUACCAGUACGGCAUCCUGUUUGCUGUAGCCGACCGCGACCGCAAGGGCCGAGUCACCAUCCAUGACUGGUCCGUCUUCCAGAACCUCCUCGCGAAACCCGACGCCGAGUACGAGGUCGUCUUCCGCUUCUUUGACAAGAAGCGCACCGGCUACAUCAACUUCGACGAGUUCUACGAGACAUGGAAGGCGCACAAGACCGAGGGCAGCUUGCCCUUCAACUGGGAGGGCGAGUGGGCUGCGCUCUACAUCGGCUCCAAGAAGCACAGGCAUGCCAUGACGUAUCCUCAGUUCGCCCAGAUGCUCCGCGGGCUACAGGGUGAGAGAGUGCGACAGGGCUUCACGCACUUCGACAGCGACAAGGACGGUUUCAUCGAGCCUGAAGACUUCCAGCGCAUCAUACGCGAAACAGCAAGUCACAAACUCUCCGACUAUCUUCUUGAAAACCUGCCUACCCUAUGCAACAUCUCCGUUGGCAGCAAGAUUUCCUAUGCCAACGUUCGCGCUUUCCAGAACAUGAUCCAGCAGAUGGACAUGGUCGAGCUCAUUGUGCGGAAUGCCACGCUGAAGAGCGGCGAUGGCAAGAUUACUCGCACAGACUUCCUCAACGAGGCCGCAAGAUUGAGCCGGUUCAAUCUAUACACCCCUAUGGAGGCAGACAUCCUGUUUCAUUUCGCCGGCCUGGACGAGGCUUCUGGGAGACUUAGUCUGCGAGACUUUGCUCGCGUGCUGGACCCCUCGUGGCACUCAGCAGCAUCUCUCGGCGCUGAGGCAGUAUCUGAGGCUGGGCAAAAGGUGUUCGCAAAGUCAAAAUCAAUCUGGCACGAUGUCCUCGAGUCUGUUCACCACUUUGCGCUGGGUUCUUUGGCCGGUGCCUUCGGUGCGUUCAUGGUGUACCCCAUCGAUCUGGUGAAGACGCGAAUGCAGAACCAGAGAAGCUCAGGCGCAGGCCACGUGCUUUACAAGAACUCGCUUGACUGCGCAAAGAAGGUCAUCAAGAAUGAAGGUUUCACGGGACUGUACUCUGGAGUGCUUCCUCAGCUUGUUGGUGUAGCCCCAGAAAAGGCCAUCAAACUUACAGUGAAUGACCUCGUUCGUGGCAAAAUGACGGACAAGUCAACUGGUCAGAUCAGACUACCGCAUGAGAUUCUCGCUGGUGGCACCGCUGGUGCAUGUCAAGUUGUCUUCACGAACCCGCUCGAAAUUGUCAAGAUUCGCCUCCAGAUCCAGGGCGAGAUUGCAAAGAAUGUGGAAGGCGCCCCCAGGCGAUCUGCGAUGUGGAUUGUCAAGAAUCUGGGUCUUGUGGGUCUCUACAAGGGAGCGAGUGCCUGCUUGCUCCGUGAUGGUAAGUCUCAACGUACUCAUAACCAUUUGAAGAAAGACUUCUUUGGCGAAAGCCCGCAGAAGUCACUGGGUGUGGUCCAGAUGUUGACGGCCGGUGCUAUUGCCGGCAUGCCUGCCGCGUAUCUCACCACGCCAUGCGAUGUCAUCAAGACCCGGUUACAAGUAGAGGCGCGCAAGGGCGAGGUCUCAUACAACGGCCUCCGGCAUGCUGCGCAGACCAUCUAUCGGCAGGAAGGGUUCAAGGCCUUCUUCAAGGGUGGGCCAGCUCGUAUCAUGCGUUCAUCGCCGCAAUUCGGUUUCACUCUAGCUGGUUACGAGGUGCUGCAGCGAGGUUUCUCCGAGGCGACAGCACCCCUGCCCUACCUCCGCAGCCGAAAUGCUCUCAAGGUUAUUCUCGACCUGGAUGAGAACUUCGGGCGUCCGAAAAUGCCAGCCAAGUGGACGGGUAUCCCAGGAUUCUCUGGCAAGCCGAAUGCGUGA